ACUAAGCAGUGUCGCGUGUGUCGCGGCGACGAACGCCCGAAAAAAAACAAAAUUUUUAAACACUUAGUUUCAAAAUUUGUGCACUUUAUUGACAGUUUUCGUGCAGUUAUAAAAUGAGCUACAGUGCCUAUGAUUAUAAUUAUAAAGAGUUCGAUUUUCAAAAAGCGAGCCAAAAAUCGGAACAGUGUUGCCAAGUGAAAAAUGAGGCAAAAAACGUUGAAACUCAAAAUGGCGGUGAAAAUGGCGCGAAAGAGGAAGACCACGUGCAACAUGUUUUGGGACCAAGUCGGCGAUGUUUAGCUUGGGCUUGCAAAGCAUGUAAGCGGAAAACGGCAGCUGUCGACCGGCGGAAAGCGGCGACGUUGCGGGAACGCCGACGGCUACGAAAAGUAAAUGCCGCCUUCGAGGAGCUUCGCAUCAGAGCACGUGCGGGCAGUGGGCGAUUGCCCAAGCUGGAGAUACUUCGAGCAGCUAUACAGCACAUAGAGAGGCUGCAAGCUGCGCUGAGGGCUGCCGCUGUUAUGAGACUACCAACUGUGCUGUGAACAGUCUUGCAAGACUAAGAUGUAUCGUGCAAGCGUUGUCCGUGAAGGACAAUCACGCGUGACAGCCGAACUGUCAGCGAAUAUCCAAUAUAUCGUUCGUGUAGAAUACCUCCUUAGGUAUUACCUAAUAAUCUAGACCUACAAGCUGAAUACUUUUAUUCAGUUAAAAUGCUCUACAUGAAGUAGCAAUAAACAUAUAGCCAAUAAAAAAUUAUAUUAGUUAGUAUAAAAAUAUUUCAUAUGGGUCUCAAGCACGAUCUCUCUUCAUAAAACAGGAAUUAGCCUACUCUUUUUUAUUGUGACCAUACGGAUUUUCACUGAUUAAAACAGCCAACCGGUAUUUCGACAAGCCUCCCUAGCAAUUACUUUGCGACACCUGUCCAGAUACUCAAUUAUCUGCAUACUAAACAGGUAGCCCUUGAUGUUGUAAAUAAUAACUCUAUUAUAACGUACUUCAGUAGUUUCCAUGAUUCAGUGAUCAAUGAUAAUUAUAAUGUACCCAACAUUAUAAUUAUUAUUGUGGCACAGCAGUGCCCACUUAAAUUAUUUGCUCAAUAAAAUUAUAGGUACCUAUUAUU